GAGAGUUUUUAUAUAGGUGUUCUGUGACGAGACUGCUCACGACAAGCAGGCCCGUUUAUCUUCCGCACUAAUCGCGCGAAUUUCGCGUGCACAGGUGUGUUGUCGCUCGCGUGUUUGUUGUUUGUACUUGUUUAGAAGCUUUGAGUUCAGGACAUCGCGGUGCGCCAGGGCUUGAUGACAUUUGUUGCCCAGCUGCGGGUGCUACCGCAGCGCAUGCGGAGCAAAGCUUCUGAUGAUGUUUGUUGUGCCCAUGAAGAUCUAGGCGGUCUCUGCAUCGUUGAUAACAAAUAGCCGCAAGUGCUAAUUGCUGCUAGUCAGCUCAGUCCAGAAUUUGGUCUCACAAAUGCAAUGAGCCUUGGUGAAUGCAUCACUUUUGCUAAAACGGCAUGCCCCACCCAUUCAAAGGUCAUCAGUCAGGUCGAGGUUGGCACGCAGUACAGCUUGCCUCUGGCUGACAAGUCUGUCGAGUGUUCCUUCAAAGCAGGGAGGGAGUCGAGGAACGUGCAGACUACAGAGACUGUGGAUCAGUCAAGUUACACCUCAGUAUCGAGGCCUUCUAUUUCUCCAUCAACAGCCAGCGAUGACAACUCACAGCAGGGAUGCCUCCACCGAUGUCGUCUCUGUGAUUAUGAGACUGAUAAACUGGUUCGUCUGGAAGAACACGGCAGGGUCCAUACUGGCGAGCGUCUGUUUAAAUGCCAUUUGUGCCUUCAUAGCUUUUCAAGAAGGCGUUCCCUAAACAGGCACCUGUUUGUCCAUACUGGCCAGCGUCCGUUCAUAUGCCAUGUGUGCUCUCAGUGCUUCUCACUAAAGGCGCAGCUGAAAGUACACCUGCGCACACACACAGGGGAGAAGCCACUUCAGUGCCCUUCAUGCCCUCAAAGCUUCUCGAAUAAUACAAGGCUUAAGGAACACCUGCGCUGCCACACAGGCGAGAAGCCAUUUCAAUGCCCUUCAUGCCCUCAGAGCUUCUCGCGUCAGUCAAUGAUGAAGCUACACCUACGCAUCCAUACAGGUGAGAAGCCAUAUCAGUGCCCUUCAUGCCUUCAGAGAUUUGCACAAAAGUACGCCGUUACGGAACACCUGCGCACCCACACAGGCGAGAAGCCAUUUCAAUGCCCUUCAUGCCCUCGGAGCUUCUCGCUGAAAGGUGGCUUGACGAAACACAUGCGCAUUCAUACAGGUGACCGACCAUACCGUUGCGCCAUCUGCUCCAGGUCCUUUGCACGGUGUGAUGUGUUGAGCAGACAUAAGAGGACAAAACACCGUGAUACUGUAGAGUAGGAAAACAGCUGUGGUGAACUAGAGUCUGAAUUGAGAAUCUACGGGUGUGUAGCAUAAUUAUGGUGUUCUGCUGCAUCAGGUAGCACAAGUGUCUCCAUAUGCUCUUAAAGGGAACCUGUAACACUUUUUUUUUUUUGGCGGGGGGGUCACCAUAUUUGCUCUACAUCUAUUCUCAGCAUAUAAAACAAAGAGCAAUCAAAAUUAUGAAAAUCGACCCAUACUAAGCCAGAAACAAUUCAACAUACAGUUAAACCUCGAUGUAACAAAGCCCGUAAAGUCGGCAAUUUGCAUUCUUAUAUCGGAAUUUUGUUAUAUUGUGACUGUUCAUUAUUCGAAACGUAUUCUAUUUUUUAUUCAAUUCAGUUCUCUGUUGCACUGUUUGAUUAAAUCUAAAAAAUUACUGUUUGGACACCCCUACAAAUUAUGCAUGUUAAGUGUAACACAUUCUAUUGCUUAUUAUUCCACUAACGAUGUCUGAAUGAUCUGCUUUUUAAUUUUGUUUGCAGCAUUGAAAAGAAAUUUACAAUUCUCAUUUUUUUUCAGUAUUGUUUUUUUUUUCGUACAUAUGAACUUGUUCUGAUAGGCUCAUUCAUGUACUUAUUGCCUCUAGGUUCUGAUAUAUCUGGUUCAUCCUGCAAGACUCUUUUGAUCUUAUUCUACUUGCACCUUUUUUUUUUCUUUAAGUACUUCUUUAGAACAAUUGAUUGUUUAAUAAGGUUGCUUGCCACUGUGUUUGAUGCGACCAUCAAAUAAAUGCCUGUGUUUUAUCAGUAUUCGUUGUCUGUUUUUGGUAUUUUAGUACUCUCAUGACAGCAUGCAAUGUAGUGAUAUUAGCAUUGUCCUAGAGAAGUUGAGUGAUGGCUGUUGGAAGUUCAUUAUUAGCACAGAAGGCACUUCUUAUAACAUAUAAGCAUGAGUAACUUGAUACUUCAGACAAAUGUCAUGUCCCCCAUUCCGUAUUAAUUCCUACAUUUUAUAUCAACUAAUGUAUCGGCAUUUCUGUAAGCACUAGUGUGACAGAUAACUGUAGAAACAUUUGAAUAAAGUUUACAUUUUGAAUCAACCUCACAUGACUGUAUAAAACAUUAUUGCACAGAAAGCAAGAAAUUGGGCCAAUCCUGUUUUUCAGUGUUCAGAAAGAUUCUUUUUGAAAUGCAGUUGUGCCAGUCUCUCAUAUGUAACUUGAAACAUUACUUGUGCACUAAUAAACUUCAAAUUGAAGCAAAAUUACUGUAAAUUUCAUCACCAUGGCCAUAGUAUAGACAUAAAUUGGAGGACGCUUAAGCUUCGCAUUUAAGAGUAGAUCGCGAUAGCGUUAUAGGGACCCGUUCGCAUCGCAAAGCGCGGCUGUAGGUCUGGUAGAAAUGCUGGUAAAGGCAUUUGGAGGUUUGUGUUUGAGUUUCCUCGUAGCAGAAUUAGGUUUUCUCGUACAUUCAAAUUACAAUCCGUCGUCGAAUUCGACGCCGAAUGGUAAAGUCGUACUUUACCAUUUUCCUGACAGAUUUCACUGAGAAAUUCAAUUUUUGUUCACCAAAAUCUUGCACCACGUGCAGGGCCUGCGCGCUCGGGGUUGGGGAUGAUUUUCUCUGCCACCCGCGUCGCACGCUGGUUGCCGACACCGGAUUUCCUGCGACACGGGUCCUUAACGCUUACGCGUUAAAAUAUGAGCACAUGCACCGUGGAGGAGGCUUUAUACGUUGCUGAGGGAGGUAGACUUUCCUCGCUGUACAGUGAUCAUUUGCGCUUUCCGAAGAGCCCUGUGUAUGCGAGCAAACUCCUUAUUUGUUCCUCAUGCUCCAUUUGUGCUUUUAGUAAACAGUGGUUCAUAAGGUGCGACAGGAUGUGCACGUUGUUUUAUACAUAUUUUGGUAAUAGCUGUUCGUUUUUCUAAAGCUAUUCAAACUGUAUUCUACAUUUAACUUGAUUCACUUCUGGCACUAUUAGAUUCACGUCAGACUGACAAAUUACUUUUGCCCAUCUCUAGUUUUGAUCUACACUGGGCAACAAUGUACCUGCAUUCAAUAAAUAAACGUGUGAGACAUCUUUGCUUCUUGGCAAGUUACACACCUAAGGAUUACCUCCACAUCCACGCAGUCGUUCUGGUGCCACUUACGCCUUCAGACUUCUUGAUGUUACAGCCACGUGAAGAGGCACCGGCACCAACACAAGAGCAAGUGACCAUUUCAGUGCACGUUCUUCUUUCAAAGCUUUUUUGUAACUUAUGAACUCAAGGAACAUGUGGGUGUCUAUGUAUUGAGUAAAAGCUGAACUGAGAAUAUGCAUAUGUGUGCAGUAUGCUGCAUGGUAUUCUGUUACACAAGUGUUACCGUAUGCUCGGAUAUGUUGAGCUUUCGAGGUAAUUCACACAGUGAAACCUUGUUACUACAAACAUCACAUUAACAAACUUCAGAGUAACGAACUUUUCAUAAAUUCCCUGCUCACUUAUGGCUUCAAUGUAAAAAUAUUUCAUUAUUACAAACUUCAGAAUACCGAAGUUUUCAGAAUAAUGAUUGUGUGUAAUGUUAAUAAUGCC